AUGGAUGAAGGGGAUCCUUAUUUCACCGUACAAGACGAGGUUUUGAAGAAUUUGGAGAAUGUUUCCGCCCUAUACGACCAAUGGCUCCGUUCAGACUCCUCCACAGAUCCCCAAAAGCUAGUGACCAAUAUUAAACAAGUUGUACGGAAUAUUGAAUGGGAUCUCGAAGAUAUUCAGGUAUUUCAUGAUUUUCCAUUGUACUUCAUAUGA